AUGGCCAAAUCAAAGGACAAACGCCCCGCGAAACAGGAGUCGCAGAAGAAGGGCGACAAACCCUUUAUCGCUGUCGACAAGAAAGCAUUCGACCCUUCUCUGUCUUCGCUGUUUGCGAGCAGUGCUGGGCCCGUGCAGCCUCCUCCCAAGUCGCGAUACCAGGAACCGGUACAAAAACGCCCCGCAGCAGACUCGCCCAAUGAGGAAGAGGAUGAUGAAGAAUUGAGUGCCCUGUCGGACGCCGACUCCUCAGACGAGGAAGAGGCCAGUGAAGAAGAGGCAUCAGAAGGCGACGAUGACAGCUCGUCCGAGGAAGAGCAGUCAGAGUCAGAAAAUGAGGCGGUGUUGGCGAAACUGCGAGAGUCGAUGCUGGCUGGAGAGUCAGACAAGCCAAACAAGAAGCGCAAGCGAGGCGGCAAGGAGGAGAUCGAGGAAACCUACAUGCGCAAGCUGGCUCGCGAGGAGGAGAAGGAUGAGGAGAAGAGGCUGAAGAAGCGCAAGACCGAGGAGUUGUCGGAUGAAGAGGAGGACGAGGACGAGGACGAGGAUGAGGAUGAGGAAAUGGAGGACAAGGCUUCGGACAAGCCAGCAGAACGUGAGGAGGAGUUCACGAUACCCAAGCACGAGUCGUUGGCGGAGACGGACGGCAAGAAUGCGCAAGAACUGGACAAGGCCGCGCGCACCGUCUUCCUAGGCAAUGUGUCUUCUGAUUGCAUCAACUCCAAGACUGCUGAGAAAGCUCUCAAGAAGCACCUCGAGUCUUUCAUCUCCGACCUCGCAGACAAUAACCCGCCCCACAAGGUCGAAUCCAUCCGCUUCCGCUCUACAGCUUUUGGAAGCAACCUGCCCAAGCGCGCCGCCUUUGCAAAGAAAGAGAUUAUGGACUCCACCACCAAGAGCACAAACGCAUACGCCGUCUACUCGACAAAGUUUGCAGCCCUCAAAGCUGUGAACAAGCUAAACGGCACCGUCUUCCUCGACCGCCACCUGCACGUCGACUCGGUAGCCCAUCCCGCAAAGGUCGACCACCGCCGCUGCGUCUUCGUCGGCAACCUGCCCUUUGUCGACGAAGUAAGUCAAGCCCCGGAGGCCGACAAGCCCGCCAAAAAGAAGCCCGUGGCCGACGUCGAAGAAGGCCUCUGGGUGCACUUUGCCAAAGCCGGCAAAAUCGAAAGCGUGCGCGUAGUCCGCGACGCCCAAACGCGCAUCGGUAAAGGCUUCGCCUACGUGCAGUUUGUCGACGAAAACGGCGUCGAAGCAGCGCUCCAGUUCCACGAGAAAAAGUACCCGCCCCUGCUGCCCCGCAUCCUGCGCGUCACGCGCUGCAAGGCAGAGAAGAAAAAGGACAAGCCGCGGGGCCCACCACCCUCCAAGAAGAGCUCUGGCGUCUACAAUGCCAAGAUCUCGGGCGAGGAGAAGUCAAAGCAGGGGCGUGCGCAGGCCAUGUUGGGCAAGGUCGCGGCGGCAAAGACUAAGGAGGCGUUUGUGUUUGAGGGGCACCGCGCGAGCGAAAGGCAGGGCAAGAGUGGACUGAAGUUUGGGGGCGGGGGCGGGAAGAAGAAGGGGCCGAAUGGACGGAAGAGCAGGAGUUCGACGUGGAAGAAGACGGCGGGCAAAAAGUAG